UACACACACAUAUAUAUAACUUCAGCGAAAUCACCUUUGAGUUCCUCAGAUUUUGCAGGCAAUGCAAGCAACACUUUUCUCCUAUAUCAGGAUUACUGGGAUUCAAAGCGUGAUUGGAAUGUAGUGGUUGCCGCCAUGGUUUUCUUUCCAUCUCUUGUCAAUGGAUUGGCGAGAACUGUGUCAUUCAGAAGAGAAAAGAAUAGUCCAAAGGAUGAAGGUGGAAGGAAAGUUGUGGAAGCAUUGGCCAAAGAAGCAAAGAAGAAUGAACUGUUGUUGAGCUCAUCUGGAACUGUUAAGUCUCAUAAGGCUAACACUUUUGCAUCUGUCUUCUCCAAGAGGGGCACAAAAGGGACCAAUCAGGAUCGUCUUGCUGUUUGGGAGGGGUUUGGUUGCCAAGAUGACAUGAUCUUCUGUGGAAUAUUUGAUGGGCAUGGCUCAUGGGGACACUUUGUAGCCAAAAGGGUCAGAGAAUUAAUACCUCUUUCUUUACUCUGCAACUGGCAAGAAGCCUUGGCUACAACAUCACUUGAUCUGGAUUUUAAACUUGAAGAAGACAGAAACCUUCAUUGGUUUGACCUAUGGAAGCAAUCAUAUUUGAAGACUUGUGCUGCUGUGGAUCAGGAUCUGAAGAACCAUACCCGCUUUGAUUCCUUUCAAAGUGGUGCUACUGCUUUGACAAUUAUUAAACAGGGUAAACUUCUCACCCUAGCAAAUUUAGGUGACUCUCGGGCUGUCUUGGCAACUGCUUCAGAGGAUGAUGAUGGCACACUGAUUCCCCUUCAACUUACAACUGAUUUAAAGCCAAACUUACCAGAGGAAGCGGAGCGCAUAAAGAAGUGUAAAGGGAAGGUGUUUUGUAUGGAAGAUGAACCAGGAGUGUACAGAGUGUGGUUGCCAGAUGGUAAAACGCCAGGGCUUGCCAUAUCAAGAGCCUUUGGUGAUUACUGUGUCAAGGACUUUGGACUAAUCUCUGUGCCUCAAGUCACUCAAAGAACACUCACCACCAGGGAUCAGUUCAUAAUCUUGGCAUCAGAUGGGGUAUGGGAUGUUAUUUCCAACGAUGAAGCAGUGAAGAUUGUAUCCUCAGUGCCUCAGAAGGAAAAAGCAGCUCAGAGACUGGUUCAAUGCGCUGCAUAUGAAUGGAAACGAAAGAGAAGAAACAUUGCCAUGGAUGACAUGUCGGCUAUUUGUCUCUUCUUUCACUCCUCUUCUUCAUCUUAUUCGCUUAAACCUUCUAGGCGUGUCAAAUAGCACUCAGUUUCACUUACAACAUAGAAUACUUUACACUCUCCUGGUCACUGUACAAGCCUUUCUAUACAUGGUGAACUGUACGAUACAUUCACUUGUCUUGCUUCUUAAAUGGAAUGAUUUUGAGUUGAUAAUAACUAAUUUGAAGUCUUUACUUCA